CGCGCAUCAGAAAAGGCUAGUUGUAGCGUACCAAAAGCUAUCGUCUUUCCUUAUAGUUGCUACCUUAGACUGAAUGCUGUGCGUGCUUUGCGUGUCGCCGACGAGACUCUGUACCCAAACUGGCCUCAUCACCGAUUAAGCAACACUCGACGUUAACGAUUUGGGUGCUCAUAUCUGCCUCCUAGACUGUCGUCAGCUAGGGCAUUUCGGGCAGGUAGCCCUUGAGCGGAUGUCAUGCAGACCGGCAAUUGAACGCUGACGAGGGGCAUUCAACCAGGUUGCGGUAGCAAUGUCACAGCUGCGGGUUGAGCAGCCCAGGCCACAGGGCGUGUAUCCGCGAUGCAGCUCUUGCGGCGAGGAAGCCAUCGCCCGGAUGGCGAAAACAGAUAGCAACUACGGCAGGUGGUUCUUCAAGUGCCCGCAAGACCACCCCAAUCCCUGGUUCUGGGCGGAUCAAUACCUCCCACCAGCGGGCGGUGCCGCUGCUGCCGGCGCCAGGGCUGCCGGACCCCAUGGCGCCCAUGGAGCUGGGUCCGGUGCGGCGCACCCGCCUAGCACCCCGCAACAGCAGCACCCGGGGCCUCGAGCCUUUGGCUCUCCCGCCGGCGCAGUGCCUUUCCCGGGCUUUGGCAACGCGCCCCAAAGCCCGCAGCCGGCCCUCGUUAACCCCUACGCGGCACACCCCAACCCGCCCCCGGCACCCGGUGUGGGGCAGGGCAUCGUUGUACAUGUGCAGGUGUUGGACUCCUGCCGUCGCGAGCUGGGCCUCUCCCUGCCGGUGUUCCACGAGCCCUUCAGGGGCGUGUUCAUGCAGCUGGACAGCAGGUCUACGGGUAGGCGCUGGGACCCGCACCUCAAGUGCUGGCGGGUGCGGGCGGACAGCUACCCGCAGUUUCAGCAGCACCUGAGGCAGCACGGCUACCAGUUGAAGGACGCGCCACCGGAGGUGAUCUCCAUCCUGGUGCACCACAACAGCCGCUUCAACCCCAAGAUGAGCAUGCAGGAGGCGGGGCAGUUCGCCGUCUCCCGCGUGAGCCCCUCCCUGUGGUCGCGCCUGUUCCGCUACCAGCGCGAGGGGGUGGUGGCGGGCGUGCGGCUGGGCGGCCGCAUGCUGCUGGCGGACGAGAUGGGGCUGGGCAAGACGGUGCAGGCUCUCGCCCUGCUGAGCUGCUACCCCGAGGACUGGCCGCUGCUGGUGGUGUGCCCCACCAGUCUGAGGUACACCUGGCAGGCGGCCAUCCAGGAGUGGCUUCCCCCCUCACUGCGCCCCGCCGAGAGGGACCUCUGGCUCAUCACCGCCUCCGCCGACUGGAAGAAGCUGGCGGAGCGGGCGGAGGACGGGGGAGGGC